ACGAUUUCUACCAUUCUGAAGGAAGUUUGGAAAUCGUUGCAGUCUUUGUGUGUUGUUUCUAACUUAUUUGUUUGAUCGAGGAAAAAUGUAUGACCAAGGAGCCCAGAUGCAGCCCAAGGCAGAGGAAGUGAAGACAGAGGUACCUGAGACCUCUGCUCCACCUCCUCCCCCUUUGACUGCGACUCAGCUCAGAGUCGAGGAAGAGAAAGAGAGGUUGCGUCAGCAGCAGGACCUGAUCGCAGCACUUCAGCAGCAAGAGGCAGCAGAGAUGGAGGCUGCAACAGAUGCGCCCCGUAGGAUGUACCAGUUGGAGCAACUCGCCAGGAUUGAGAAGGAUGGCCGGACCUCAGAGGUGAACCAGUAUGUGGCAGAGUGGUUCCGUUUGGACCACAAAGCCAACACCACCUACUUCACCAACCGGGAUGACCGGAUGGGGCGAGUAGAGCGCCGUUUAGCGUCCAGGUCCUCUUGGGAUGAGCAAUGUGGACCAGGUUUAGCGUCCACUUCCUCCUUGGGAGAGCAGUAUGAACCGGGAUUAGCUUCAGGACCCGAGGCAAGAGAGCAACAUGGACCAGGUUUAGCUUCCGGUACUUGCUGGGGAGAGAAGUGUCGACCAGGUUUAGCGUCCAGUUCGUCGUUCGGAGAGGAAUGCAGAACAGGAUUAGCAUCAGGGAAAGGGCCAGGAGAGCUAUGUGGACCAGGUUUAGCAUCCCGGUUGUCCUUAGGUGAGCCACAGUGUGGACCGGGUUUAUUAUCGUCCAGGUCGCGCUCGGGAGAGCACUGUGGACAAAGUUCAAUACCCACGACGCUCUCACGAGAGUGCUGCAGAACAGGAUCAGGGGCGGGCUGUUGCGGGAAUCUUGCUGUGGCGCCAUGGGCACUGAAGAGGUGGCACACUGCUACCCGCUGCCGUGGUCAUCAACGUGCUUUCAUAGCCCAUCUCCUCCGUCUCUGUUUGACAGAAUAUGUGACCACGGCAGAUCGGUCGGUUGCAGCACCAUCGUCUUCCUCUUGGAACGACAUAAACAACCUCGAUGAUGAUGAUGGUAAUCAUUUAUGCUUUUUGAUUCAUCAUCAUCAUCACCCUCAUCAUCAUCAUCAUCAGCAGCAGCAGCAGGAGCAGCAGCAGGAGCAGCAGGGGAAGCAGCAGGCUGCUGUGUCUGUGUCUAUAGAAUUUGCGAAUGCGCUCCUGGUGGCUCAGGAUGAUUGUCACAAUGCUCAAAGAAGUCCUGAUGAUUUGCAGCCCAAGAAGGAAGAAGAAGAUGAGCGGCGAUCUGAAAACUCAUGGGGGGACAGGAGUCGGUACAUGGAGUGGCAUGUGGACCCUCCUCGGGCCUGGAUUUGUGGUCAUGCGAGUCCAUGCCCUUGGGUAUGUGGUAGACAUGUGAAGCCUCCCCGCACGUGUGGGUUGCCAGAUUAUCCGCUGUAUGACCAUGUAGCGGGUGUUCUUCACCGUUGGAUUAGUGAACACCGAUUCCCAAUGAUCAUGGAUCAGAUCGAUGGCCUUUCUGAAACCAUUGAUCGAGACCAUCUCAUUGCCCAGUGGACUCCUGUCAUCUGUGAGCGUGGAUCAACACUUCUGCUGAUGUACGAGUCAUGGAAGAAGGCUGAGGAAAAGGGAGAUCAUAGGGAGGAGGAGAUGGAACGAUUUCAAUUGGAGAAGAGGACGAAGGAGAAGGGAGCUUACGGGGAGGAGGAGGAGAGGAUAACAUUUGAGAAGAGGAUGAAGGAGAACGAAGCUUCCAAGGAGGAGGAGGAGGAGGCAGAAGUGAGGGGAUUUGAGAAGAGGACAAAGGAGAAGGGACGACCUGGGGAGGAGAUGGAGGACAAGGAUGGGUGCAAGAGGGUAAUGCAGGAGGAGGAAAACAAGGAUUGUGAGAGAGGAGUGGCGAAGGAAGUAGCAGAUGUGAGGAGAGACGGCUCUGACGAUUCUGUUACGAUGGCAUCCUCCAGGAUGAUGACAGUGGCAAUGAUGAUGACGCAGACGGGCAUGGGUUGCAUGCACGAUCUGCUGCAGACAUUGGGUGAUGAAGGGCUUAGGUGCUGCCUUGGUUUGCGCACAUCUGAAGGGUCUCUUCGGCACCCUGUCAAUGGUGUCCUGAUUCCAUCAAGAUGGGUUCUUCUGCAGUCCUUCCAGAAGCUUCAUGGUGAUGGGAAAGCCACUCUGACAAAAGGAGCAAGGGCGCUGUCCAAGCAUGCCCAUCGCAGCACUGACAAGUGGUGGGGGGUUUUCACUGGGACAAUAGCGGAGAAGAAUAGACUUGCCGUCUCUGUGAUUCUCGAUAUUCUUGAUAAUGCCAUGUGGCAUAAUGUUCAUUGGUUGCCACAUGAUUUGGCUGCAUAUGAAGUCCUUUUGACAGCGUCGGAGGCAGAGAGACUUGUGGAGGGGCUUUGCACGUAUGGCAUUGAUGAGGUUGGAAGUGUGUGGUGGCUUCAACAACGUGAAUGGAUUGACAAGCUGAACAUACAAGCUCAUUAUAACACCAUGGCUCAUAAAGACGAGUUUGUCAUGGCGACAAUUAACUGAAAAGAAAACCGAGAAGAAACGUAGCAGAGGAGUCCAUUGGAGUGGGUGAUGCGUUGUUGCAGAGGGGUAUAGCUGGCAAUGCAAAUUCG